GCUGCGGCGGGGGGAACCGUCCUGCCGUUUUUUUGGAAAGCGUACGUGAAAGCUGCAGUGUUGGAGUUUUGGUCUUUAAGUGCAAGAGAGAGAAACUCAUCUGGAUUUGGCCUGGGGAAGAAGUUAAGUAUUAGUCUACUUUAAAAAUAUGCAUGCUGUACCUGGAGGAUACAGACAAAUAGACAUCCAGAACAGUUUAUGGAUGUGCCUGAAUACAGUUUGCUGCUCAUAUUUACGGAACUGUUUUUGUCUUUCAGUUAUUUUUGCUGUGCUUACCUUUUUUUGUAUUUUAGAAAUCGACUACAGUAAAUGAACUGCCUGCCCAUUCCCAGAAUUCUUUCACUCUCCACAAAGACGUUUUAAAACAAUUUACAGCCACAGAGAGUCGCAACAAGGAAGCUUGUAGCUGCAGUUGAGGAUCUGUUUCACCAUACAGAGGAUGGCAUCUCAUUGGGCCCACAGUCACCACGGAUCUCGGCGGCUUCAUUAAGGCGAAUCAGCUGUUCUCGAAAGCACUGUAGCUGCAUGCAUUUUCCACGCAGCUUCCUUAAAAUACGCCCUGUGCAUGCCCAGCGGGCUUCAGCAUCUAGUGGCUUGAUAGAUAUACCAUAAUCCUUGUAAAAUGAUAUGAGAUGGAAAGUUUUCCGAAUUUUGCACUCCGAACGAAAUCAAGAAAACGUCAAAAAAAUAGCCAUUUCGUAAAUCACCUCCUCCCCUGAAAAACGAAUGCGAUGGCUGACUCGCUGGAGAGAAUUUACAGUAGGAAACAUCAGGGAAACUAAUAUCUGGCUGUCAAACAGAUUUAACAUUCAAAAACAAAACAUCAAUUGUCCACUGAAAGUAGAGACGGGUUCCCUUCUUGAUUCCCAUGGACAUGGACUAACCGAAUGGUCGCUGACCGCUGGACUUUGGACACGGUUGGCCUUUGGAGUGCUGAGGCUUUCACCAGACCUACAAUUGAAAACAAGGUACACUCUCAGAAAAACUGUGCAAAAAAAUAUACCUUUAGGGGUGCAAAACUUGACACUGGGGCUGUACUCUUAAAGGGACACAUUUGUACCUAACCCCGUAAAGGGUUCAAAAUAGUGCCAUAAGAGUACAUAUGUGACCCUGGACCACAAAACCAGUCAUAAGUCCCAGGGGUAUAUUUGUAGCAAUACCCAAAAAUACAUUGUAUGGGUCAAACCCUUAUGACUGGUUUUGUGGUCACAUAUUACCAAUGUUGGGGGUAACACAUUACAAGUAACGUGAGUCACAAAAUAGAUUACUUUUAAAAAGUAACUAGUAAAGUAACGCAUUACUUUUUAAAUACGAGUUACUUUAUCAAAAAAGUAAAUAAGCCCAGGUGAUGUAAUGCAUUGCAUUCCAUAAAAAGUAACUAAGUAACACAAUCAGUUACUUUUAUUGGAGUAACACAGUAUUGUAAUGCAUUACUUUUAAAAGUAACUCUGCAUACCACUACUCUAAGGAACUAUUACGUAUUCUUUAGGGGUAUAGAAGGUACAAAGGUGUCGCUCUGAGGCAGUGACAAGCUGUUGUACUCCUAAAGGUAUCAUUUUUGCACAUUUUUUCUGACGGUGCAGAGUUAGUCCACAGAAAGUUCCCCAGUUUGUCUUAAGGCCAAUUUUACAGUGUAAGGCAUUUGCACAGUCAGGCUACCAGAGAGAAAAAAAUGCUGAAGCACAUCACACAAACAGCAAUCAGCUACAUAGCUUUCAGGAAACGGCGAGAAAGCAGAUCUAAACGGCAGUCGCGGUAGCAAAGUUUUACAGUGACCACACAGACUGCAAAAGCACACUGAAUCAAAUAUAUACAGACACAGAGCCGUAGAGGGGGGCGUGCAUAUAUUUUGCUCGGAUUGCUGAAUGGAUUUAUUUCCUUGGCCUGACUUCUAUGAUUCACCAGACAGAAAUGUGGCAUUUCAACAGCUACACACAUACACCUUUUCAUAUUAACCUGCUGGUAAAGACAUUGGACCGUUAGAAGUGCUCUUAAUGUUUUCUAUGAACUGCUUCCAGAGGGUAAAAUAAUCAUGCCAUCACAUGUUCACAUUAAAGUGCACUUAAAGAAGUAGAACAAAACCAGAUUUGCCUCAGUGAGCUCAGAGAGGUCUAUGAUGGAGAGUUAUCCUUUAGCAUUGCCAUUUAUCUCAAAGGCAAUUGCUCGGCUGGACCAAGUAGACAACCUGAACCUUGCCGUCUUUGCUCGAGGAUGCUCAGGUGUGAGAACUGUUGAGUAGAGAUGAAAAUGUUGACCGUUUUAGACUACACUUGCUCAUCAUUUGACAUUUUGGUAUUAAACAAAGCAGAAUGUGGUAGUUUAUGCCAGUCCAGUCCAUCUCAUCAGUCUUAUUCCAGUGUAAAGAAGAAUAAAGCCCUACACUGUGGUGGUAACCGUUUCUUAACUGUUGGGGAAACGCUUCAUCAAUGCCGCAGCAAUUAAAGUUCUCCCAUAUGGAAAGGCCGUUUAGCUAAUUAAAUAAGCUGAGUGAGUGAGCGGUUGAGUGCAUCAAGGCUUAUAUGACCUCUUGGCUUCUGAGCUGGAGAAGUUUUUUGCAACGCGUCCAAAGAAAGCCAACGACGACCAGUCGGCAUUUGACUUGAAUGACAACACAAACCCAAGCAAGAACAACACUCGCCGGGUCAGCGACUGCUAGGAAAACAACUGACUCCAUGCAACCAAUUUUUCAGCUCCUCAAAGGAUGAUGGGAUACAGGAGAAGGCUCUGAAAGCCAGAGUCACAGCAGGAACGAGCAGGAAACCGAACCUGUGGCUCUCAUUAGGAGACUUUCCCGGGCUCUCAGACGCACGCCCGUGUCCAUGUCUCCUCAUUACUAUCUUCUCACUCACUCGUUCAAGUUCCUCAUCCAUUCGCUGACAUUUAUUACAGGUCAUUCUCACUGCACCCAGUCAGGAAGGCAUGUUGUUUAGGAAUAAUAUUUCUUACUUGUGUAUAAUUUGGAGUAAAUACUCAGCUUCAGCUAAUAGCUGUUUUGCACUGCAAAAACUCCUAAUUCAAAUUACGGAAUGCAAAUGUGAUACGAGCGGUCGCAAGGAGGAUCGUAAAUAUGGCAGCAAAGCUGGUGUCCAAAAAAGUGUGUUUAUUUAGAGCAGAAACAUUUUUAUGAGCAUAAAAACAAAGGUUAAGUCUAAAAAUGAGAACAACUAGGUACUAAAACAGCACCAAUUCCCUUCUAAACAAAUGAGGCCGGCGCUAUAAUAACCUUGUUAUGCUCUUUAUCCGUUCACUAGUUCAAAUUGGAACAUACCAUUUUUAUAAAAUAAACUCUUGCCUCACAAUAUGAUUAAUACAUGAAAUUUAAGAACAAGAAAAUACAAUAAGGCUGGAUAAAACAAAACAUAUUUGCACAGACAUUUUCAUAAAUUACCUAAAAUGAGCACUUCACCGCAAGUUUGCAAUUCUUAAUGCCACUCCCUCUCAACUAGAACAGGAAAUAUAUGCCAGAACACCCCACGCAAAUAUUAUAAAAUUAACAAAAACAGUGGUAACACAAUAAAAACAGUGAUGGAAGACAACUUAGAGGUCACUGAUUCCAAUUGGUACUGGUCUUUUUUUCUCCCUUGGUCUUAUACUACACAUAAAAUGGAUAUUUUUAGAUUCAAUACCAACAAAUUUACUCCUGUUGUUAGUGGUUUGUGCUCUUGGCUACUGGAUUGCACUGGUCUGCCGCAAGAUUUCUCCUCACCACGGGCCAGCAGCGUCUUGGACGGAGACGUUUCGUGCCGUUACCAUUGUAAUAUGGGUCAACCACAGGCAGGAGUAAAUGCUGAAUCAAGAUUCGCAGUCGGAUCUGUCUCCUGUCGUUUAUCGAUCUGCAGUGGUUGGCAACAUGGUUUCACCCGUGGAUUAUGGAUGAAGCUUGAACGUCCUUCAUCAGGUAUCCAGCGGCACUGUUCUCAUCAGGAGGGUGUUAAUCUUUAACGGCGCUGUCUGUGAGGAGACAACCACCGGGGAGACGUCUGUCGGGUCCUUCAGAGCCACAGGCACCUAACAGGAUUCCUCUGACUCUCUUUUAUUGUGCGCUCAAGUAACUCAAACCUUUCCUGAGGAGCUAAACUGUUUUCAAUAAGACGAGGAGACACAUUUGAGACAAACCUGAUAUCUGACACCAUGAAAGAGCAACCGCUAAGCCAUAAAAUGCACUACUAGCCACAGUAAAGGGCAACUUCUGUCAUAACAGAGAAACAGUUUGACGAUCUUGCUGAGCAGAUGCCUGACAGUCACUCCGACUCGAAUUGAGCCAAAAUAGCAGCGUAUAUGAUCCUGUGAUGAAUGAACUGAUUCAACGCUUCAGUUCCUCCAGCAGUCACUGAACUGAGGAAGCAGUUCAGCUCGGACAGAAGACUGAUGAGCCGCUGAUAUGCACAUACGUGAACCAAACACUUGAAUGAAGGGGUGAAAUGAAGGUUUUUUGUGGUUUCUCAUUGUUUAUUUAAAAAUGUGAGCUGAUGAAGACAAGUUUAUUGAAGUUCAUUGAAACAAGCUGUCCAAAAGAACUAGAUUUCUCUGUUGUCUGAGGCUCUGGAUUACAGGUAAUACUGUUGUAAAUAAUGUUCAGUUUCUUGCACAGACUGAUUGUUUCUCUUCGUAAGACCUCAAUAUAUUGUCAGGAUCCAGAGGGUUAAUUUUAUGUUCACUGAUAUGCUUUUUUUGACUUUUGGUUGCCACUGACUUGCAUCGCAUGACGCAUGAUUACCAAGGAGCACAGUUUCAGCUAAAAAUCUUCUUUACUGUUCUAUUGUGGAUGGCCUGAGGGUACACAGACUUCAGUCACUGUAUCUCCUGAUGUGAAUAUAGGCUGUAACAGGCAAUUCCUCACUAACGGACUGACUGUGCUCUGGCAGAUCUGCGCUGAGACGCUCCGUCCAAUAGAAGGUGGAAAUUGGUCUCAGGUGUCGAGUAUGUCCAAACGCAUGUCUGCACGCUGCUGUUAGAGGUCAUUUUUCACCUCAUUUAUUCUAAUAGAUGUGACAGAUGAACUUUUGGAGGCUCAGUUAGUGGAAGAGCUUCUGGUCGUUUUGCUAAGACGCUCUCAGGAUGAAAUGAAAGAUGGAGGUUUGUGCAUCGAGAAGAAGACAGUCAUUCCUGUACUUCACAGAGUAUCUGGAUCUGGUUCACACUUUUUCAUUGUUGUGUUUCAUAUAAAAUAAUGUUAACUAUACAGAGGAACCAUAUAGUUUAAAAUGUUUUAAAUAUUAAUAAGAACUAUAAUAUGAUCUACUAAAAUAACACCAGGCUUGAAAUGCUUUGCCAUUUACAUCUGUGUUUGUGUAUUUGCGUCAAGUGGGUUUCUAGUGCUACAGGUGCAGUUCAAAGGUCGCUGUGGAUUUGUUGUGACCCAUGGUCACUUGUAUCAAAAUAAGUCAGUUCAAAUGCCAUGGACCCAAAUUUAACAUUUUUUGUCGUGAAGAAUAGUGGAGGCGUGAGUGACUCAUCUCGAUAAAGGCUUUACUCUAUUUCAGACAGAUGUGACAUUUACAGCUCACUCCUCCUCCAGAGCUGCAGAUCAGGCCGUGGGACAGACAGCAGGACCGAGCGACGGGGGGAAAGAUCGUAUGCGUCAGUGAUCGCGGUGGAAACGCUGGCCAGUGAAACGCUCGGAGCUGUGAAACAGCAACCACAGCAGCCACACGCACACAGAAACACAGCACUGUUCCCUGUCAUUACAGCAUUAUCCAGCACAGUCUGUCUGGCCUGCAGGGAAUCCCCUGUGAACACGCACAAAUUACAGUUGGCGUGAGAGCAUCACAGUACAUGCUAACAUCUAGGGCUGUGUCUCGAAGAAACACAGGUUUUCCUUUUAUAUCUCUGGGUUAUUUCACUUAUGUAUGAACCUGUGUCAAAUGUUUGGAAGCUUGUUUCUGCCAUGUAAUCUUUUUAUCUCACAAUUCAUACUUUUUUUCUCGCAAUUGAAAUAAAAAGAUUUUAUAAUCUCACAAUUCUAUUUUUUUUUUGGCAGUUCUGAAAAAAACAACAACUUAGAAUUGCAAGAUAAAAGUUACAAAGUCCCUUUUUAUAAUAUGAUUGAAACAAACAAACAAAAAACUGAAUUGUGAGAUAUAAACUCAGAAUUGCGAAAUAUAAAUGCAGAAUUACGAGAUGAUUGUGAGAAAAUGUCAGAAUUGUAAGAUAAAGCAGAAAUUUCAGCAGAAAUUGUAAAAGCCUUUUUUAAUUUUUUAUUCCGUGGCAGAAAUAAAAAAAUAAAUGAUUAAAUUAGGAGAUGUAAACUCAGAAUUCUAAGGGGGAAAAAAGAAUUGCGAUAUGUAAAGUCAGACUUGCGCGAUAUAAUGCCAAAAUCGCGGUAGUUAAUCUCAGAGUUGGGAGAUCUAAAGUCAGAAUUGCGAUAAUUACACUCCAAUUUGUGACAUUUAAAAUCGUGAUAUUUAAAACUUUUCACAUUUACGAUAUAUGUAAAGUUAGAUUUGCGAGAUAUAAAGUCAGAAUUGCGAUAAUUAAAUAUAAAGAAUAACUAGAUAUAAAGUUAGAAUUUCAGAUGUAAAGUCAGAUUUGCAAGAAAUAAAGUCAGAAUUGUGAUAUAGUAAAGAAUUGCGAAAUAUAAUAGUCAGAAUCGCAAAAUGUAAAGUCGGAAUUGAGAAAAAAAAACUCAGAAACUCUGCUGCCAUCAUGUAAUAGACUUUCUUCCUCAGAAUUGCAAGAAAAAACAGGCUUCCAUAUAUAGGAAACUGCCAAAGUGACGUGAUUUCAGUAAACAAAGCUUUGUUACGUCACAACUGUUUUUAAAUGUUUAAAAAUUUUCACGAAACACGAAACACAAAACACGAAAUGAUCAUUUUCUGAAGCAACCGAUUCAGUUGAUUCAGCAUUUUGAAAAGCUUUGUUUGACUUAAUAUGCAAAGGUAGGUUUUUCUAAUAUACAACAUACACUCAGAAUGCAAAUGUCCCUUGGCAAAUGAGUUUUUCUUUCUUUUUAAAUUGUCGUUAAGGUGGCAACACUGCACAGACCCAUGAAAAAGAAACUGAUGAGACAGAACAACAACAAACUACUGGAGGCAGAAACAACAACAGACGCCCUCACUGAUGAACGCUUGUGUCAUCAGCUGUCAUGGCAGAGGAACAGUUUGAAGCGAAUCUUGGCCAGCCUGCUGACAGCUCUGCUGAAUGUUAGUUACAGCAGUUGGCCGGUGCUGAGAUGAUUGAGGUGGGAUUCAGAACAGCUAGAGGUAAAGAGUGAGAUGAGAAUGUGAAAGAAUGAGCCCAUCGAACGCCUUGCCAGGUAUUGGUAGAUUAGCUGCAUUGGUAGCGUUUACAAUACGGUCCUGUUAAUAACUGCAUUAUUAAUCUUUGUUAACGUUAGUUAAAGGGACAGUCCACCCAAAAAUGAAAAUUCCGCCAUCAUUUAUUCAUAUUUGAAAAAUGUGGAUAAUCAAAUCGUCAAUUGAUUUCCAUAGUAUUUCUUUCCAUACAUACAUAUACAACUGUUUGGUUCCCAAAAUUCUUCGAAAUAUCUUCUGUGUUUAAUAGCAGAAAAAAAAAAUCAUACAGCUUUAAUAUUUUUUAAUAUAUUUAUUGUUAGUUCACGUUAGCUCAGAUCCAUUAAAUAAUAUUAACAGACACGACUUUUGGUUUUAAAAAUGUACAAGACAAUGUUGAAAGUAACAUAAGAUAAAUGCUUUAGAAGAGAUAUUAACUAAUGAAGUUAACCAAAGUUAUCCAAUUGCACUUCGUUUUGGCAUGUGCCGUUAUUUUUGACCAUAUCAGACCCAACUUUAAACAAAGCAAACUCUUCCCAAGUACAUGCUUCAUGGGCAGGACUAACUGCUAUGUGAACCAGACUUUAUGCAGAUCAGAAUUCUGGUUAUGCGAAACUCUAAAGACCCCUAACCCACAAGUAAACAAACACUUGGUAUCAACACCACAAAUCACCAAAUCACUCAUGAACUCCUGCAGCGAAACGCAUACAGUCUGGCCGCAACUAAACCACGGAUAAUCUUCAUUUCAGUCCCGACUCGGUUCAGACAGACUAUGUCCAGACCCUAAUACUGUAAUCGUCUGGUGUUUUUAGUGUUUUGCGGUGCCCUUCCCAGUCAGCGAGGGAACGCUAGCAGGUCAUAUACACAUGCUACGGGCCAGCGGCUGCGAGAAGGAUCCAGCACAGUAAAGCCCAAACCACCAGCAGCGUCCGCAACUAAACAUAGAACAACCUCAGCUCAGACAAGCUCGCUCUCUCUCUCUCAGAUUAGCUGUGACGCUAAGCACACAGCAGUGGGCUGAAAAAUUGACCGCCGCACUGAGUUUGGAGCGCGUUCACACACUCGCUCGCAUUCCUCCACACGAGGGCCCGACUUAAUUAUCACGGCACGCCGUUUAACGCCACAUCAGAGAGACAAUCGGGGUUGCUGCGUCUCCUCGCCUGUUUUCAUAUUUGGCUUUUAAAUGAUAAUAUUAAUGUUCCUGAGAAAAGUUUAAGCUAGUGAAAUAACAGUGUUGGGUAUCGCCCGGUGCACCAGUGACGCGACAGGGCAAGUUUUCUGGGAAAGUAUGUGCCCGUGUGUGAUUUCUUUUUUUUUCCAACCGGUGUGAAUCACACAAAAAAAUACUAUGAAAAACGAAUAACAUGUGAUUUUCUUGUUUUAAAAAAAGACACAAGUUACUUUGGCAUGCGAUUGGAUAUAAAACCCCACAACCCACAUUGUGAGUGUCUGUGUGUGUGUGUUGAGGCAUCGUCUAAUUUCAUAUGCAGCAUGUCUUGUGUGUGUGAGGCGGUAAUGUUGACUAUUCAGUGAUGUCAGAAGCAGCCCUGAACCUCGUGUAUAUAUAUAUUUUGAACGUUCAAGUGCUUCACAAGUAGCAGAGGAGCUCAGAGAGUCCAGACAACUUCAGACUUGAGUCUCAGCAUCUCUUUCACCUGCCAUCGGGACAAACUCAAGACCGAUUUCAGGACAAUAAACCCAAAGACUUUGAGCAGCAGAAGAAAUAUCCUUGUGGAUUGUUAAGGCAACUUUGUGGAGUGCCAGCUGAAUCGCUACACCUGGAAACUUUGAGGAGACUCGCGCUCUGUCUUACAGGACAGAAGAGACGGAGACACAGGCAUCAUUGUCCAGUAAGGAUGAGGAUGUUGUGUUCUAGACGGGUUCUGCAGCAGUGGUUUUUUGCACUGUUCUUACUGUGUUCUCCUGUUCCACACCAUGGCAGGCCCAUCGAUGCCCUCAGCAGCCGAAUGAAGCGUUCGGUGACUCACGCUCAGCUGAUGCACGAUAAGGGCCGGACGUUGCAGGACUUCAAGAGGCGCAUGUGGCUGCAGGAGCUGCUGCAUGAAGUUCACACGGCCGAGAUCCGGGACAUCCCACAGUCUAGAGGUGGCAUGGCCAGCAGCGGAGGAGGGGGCGGCAGCCUCACGGUCGCCGUGCCGAUGGGCGCGGGCGUGUCCAUAGGAACGGGAACCGCCCACCCCAAACCCGCAGGAGGCACCAAGAACCUGCCGAUCAGCUUCCGUCUGGAGGACGAGGAGGGAACCAACCUCCCGCAGGAAACCAACAAGUCCCAAACGUACAAGGAGAGCACGCUGAAGGCCAUCAGCAAGAGGAAGAAGAAAGGCCGCGCGGGGAAGAGGAGGGAGGGGGAGAAGAGGAAGAGGAGGGCUCGAUCACUGCAGGAGUUCGCCAGCGGUUUCCACCUGGAGUGGCGGCCGUAUGUGGACCAGCAGGUGGCGCUGCACUAAAACACUGUCAGUCUUUGACAACGAUCCAUGAGGACAUUUGAAAUGGAUGCCUAAAUGUUCAUGUAUAAGUGAGAGGAAAAUAUUUAUUGUCUGUAAAUAUUCUCAAUGCGCCCGAACAGUGACAAAGACAAAUAUCGAUACUGCUAAAGCAUUAUUACAGCUCCCCGGAGCCACACAUUUGGAUCCUUGUGAAUACUUUGCUUUGUUUCUUUUUCGUUUUCCUUUUUAUUCAUUUUUUAUUUUAAUUUUUUUAGGACUAUGCCUCUAUUAUGGUGUCAGAAUUCCUGUAAUUUAUUUUGUUUGAAUGGUGUAUUUAUUUUGUAAAGGUAUCAAGGUGCUGCUGACCUUCUAUAUUUUUGUACUAUAAUGCACUUUAGAUAUAUAAAUAUAGAAAUAUAUACAAGUCAUUUUGUUAAUAGACGUAUUUUGUGGUUGAGUCGAAUGAAGAAGACUAUAGUCACGCUUGUGUUUGCCCACAUUCUGAUUUAUUGUAUGUUCAACAGCUUUGGCAUCCAUGUUUCUGUGAGUCUGUUCCAAACCCUAGUGAGCUGCCUAGCUAGACAGCAUCUGAAGGGAGCAUAGAUUCAUUCACAAUUCAUCAUUUUAGACAAAUUCGAUCCUUCACAGAAUGACAAGGUCAUCAAAAACCGUCAUCUAAUACUCAAAAAGGCUUAAAUUUAAGAUGUGAAUUGCAUAUAAAAUUUCCAUCAUUUUGGGUUACACAGUUUUAACAUAAACAAAUAAACUUACUGUAAUGCAUACUUGUCAGGUUUCUGCACUCAGCAAAUCAUGGCCUAGUUUAUUAACUAUUUGCAUUUGAUUUUGUUUAAAUAAUCAUAUUUUCAAAAUACAUUUAUUCAAAUAGCUUAGAAUCAGUGUAAAUCUGUUCAUUGCAAAAACAAUUUAAUUUAUUCAGUUAAAAAUUAUGAUGUGGAACAAACAAUAUUAUAAUAGUUAAAAGGUAACAAGAUUGAAAGUAAUUAAUAAAUAUUGUUAUUGUGUAAAAAAGCUGCAAUUAUCUUUUUAAUGUCGGAAAUGAACAAAUAUAUAAACUAUAAUAUAAAUAUAUAACGAAAUUAUUGCAACUGAUUAUGCAAUCAUGCAAUUUUGACCUUUUUUCUCCGAAAAAGUCACAAUUACCUUACAUACUAAUUUAUUUAUUUAUUGGGCUUCCAAGAAAUAAGAGAAAUGUCUAUUAUAUAUUUCAUGCAAAAAGUACACAAUAUUUUUACUCUCAUAUUAUGCUAUUUUACAUGUCAAACUCAAUCAUCAGUCACAUUGUUUUCAGUCAGGAUGCUGCUCACUGGGGUUUGGAGUCGAGCUUUUCUAUUUCUGAUUAUUUUGGGUUUCUUUGCUGCUGACCUGGACGAGCCCCAAUUCAUCAUCAUCAUCAUCUUCACAUCAGCCUCGAGCACCUCCCUUCAAAACCACAGAAGCAUCUGUACACGACCAGCACACAUUAUAGAAGAACUCUUAUUGUUUUGCACUGAGAGAGAAAAACCCUGUACUGAAUGAAUUAAACAUCUGACCAU